GGAGGCGGAUCCUCCUACCUGGGGCGCGCUCGCUCGCUCGCGGCUCGCUUGCCGGGGCCGCGAGUCACCUGGGGAGGCCGACAAGUGCGGACACAUUGGCCGUCGCUGCGCUCGGCGAGGCGCGCACGGCCUCAGGCGGCUGCGCCCAGUGGAGGCUGCACCCGCCCGCCAGCCGCGCCCGGGCCCCCGGCCCGCGCUUGCAGAGGCCCACGGUCGCUCAACCGGGCUUCGAGGUCGCGGCCCCCAGCCUGGGUCAUUUCCCCGGGUGCACGCGGCGGCGGCGGCAUCCCGGGCUCACCAUGGUGGCAGCACGCGCCGAGUGCCCGCGCGUCGCCGGCCGCCCGAGCCGCAGCGCCGGCUGAGCGCGCUCUGCCCGCAGCCCCCCGGCCCCUGCCCGGCCCUGCCGGGCCCGCGCGUCCCCUCCGGCCGCCGCUGUCUAUGGCGCAGCCCCCCUCCCUGGAUCAUGCACAGAAACUUUCGCAAGUGGAUUUUCUACGUGUUUCUCUGCUUUGGCGUCCUGUACGUGAAGCUCGGAGCACUGUCAUCAGUGGUGGCCCUGGGAGCCAACAUCAUCUGCAACAAGAUUCCUGGCCUAGCCCCGCGGCAGCGUGCCAUCUGCCAGAGCCGGCCCGAUGCCAUCAUUGUGAUCGGGGAGGGGGCGCAGAUGGGCAUCAACGAGUGCCAGUACCAGUUCCGCUUUGGACGCUGGAACUGCUCUGCCCUCGGCGAGAAGACUGUCUUUGGGCAAGAGCUCCGAGUAGGGAGCCGUGAGGCUGCCUUCACGUAUGCCAUCACCGCGGCUGGCGUAGCGCACGCCGUCACUGCUGCCUGCAGCCAAGGCAACCUGAGCAACUGCGGCUGUGACCGAGAGAAGCAGGGCUACUACAACCAGGCCGAGGGCUGGAAGUGGGGUGGCUGCUCGGCCGACGUGCGUUACGGCAUCGACUUCUCCCGGCGCUUCGUGGACGCUCGGGAGAUCAAGAAGAACGCGCGGCGCCUCAUGAACCUGCACAACAAUGAGGCCGGCAGGAAGGUUCUGGAGGACCGAAUGCAGCUGGAGUGCAAGUGUCACGGCGUGUCUGGCUCCUGCACCACCAAGACCUGCUGGACCACGCUGCCUAAGUUCCGAGAGGUGGGCCACCUGCUGAAGGAGAAGUACAACGCGGCCGUGCAGGUGGAGGUGGUGCGGGCCAGCCGCCUGCGGCAGCCCACCUUCCUGCGCAUCAAACAGCUGCGCAGCUAUCAGAAGCCCAUGGAGACGGACCUGGUGUACAUCGAGAAGUCACCCAACUACUGCGAGGAGGACGCGGCCACGGGCAGCGUGGGCACGCAGGGCCGCCUCUGCAACCGCACGUCGCCCGGUGCGGACGGCUGUGACACCAUGUGCUGUGGCCGAGGCUACAACACUCACCAGUACACCAAGGUGUGGCAGUGCAACUGCAAAUUCCACUGGUGCUGCUUCGUCAAGUGCAACACCUGCAGCGAGCGCACCGAGGUCUUCACCUGCAAGUGAGGCCGGGCCCAGAGGCGGCCGCGGGCACCCCAGACACCCAGCGGCAUUUUGCACAUCCAUCCUCGCCUUCCCUGCCUUGGUGCUGCCAGCGGCAGGCAGAGGCGGGUGCAGAAGCGGGGAGCUCCACGUGCAGGAGGACACCGGCCGGGGCCCACGCCCUCUACCCACCUCCCUGGGGCUCCUUCCUGCCACCUCCUCCCAUCACCUCCUGUGGCAGAACAGCCCCCGUGACCCACCGAGAGAGCAAGGCCAGGGGCCUUGUGCUCCCCGACGCGGCCCAGCAAGUUCCCUUUCUUCUCUCUGGGAAAAUGAACCUCCAGGACACACGUGUAUCCCAGAGAGCAAAGUGACGACGAGACUGAGCGUCCCCUGCCCCACCUGGCAACAUGGACACAGAAAAGCUACGCUGGCUGGCCCCUCAAGACCGAUUCCCAGGCCGGGUCUGCUGCUGGGCCCUGGGGCGGUGGGGACAGAUGUUGACACAAAUUAUUUAUGUUUUCUUAGUAUCAGAAGAGGAUUCUCAGCACUAAUGCGUAGCCAGUCGUAACUCCGUACUUUGUGUCAGCCCAUCCCCUCAACACCCUUUCUGUUUCCUUUCCCAGCCCCACCUGGCUGGCCCUCUGCCCCUGCAGAGCGGAGGCAGCCUGGGGUUGAUGGGGACCAUGCAGUGCCUGCGGGUUCUAGAAGUAAGCUGUGCAGGGGCGCGUCGGACCACACAGCCCUGACCAGGCCUUGGAGGAGAGCCAUGGACAGGCUCCUCCAGGCCAUCUUUCCUUCUUUUGAAAAUCCUAUCAAUGGCUGGGCGCAGUGGCUCAUGCCUGUAAUCCCAGCACUUUGGGAGACCGAGGCGGGUGGAUCACCUGAUGUCAGGAGUUUGAGACCAGCCUGGCCAACAUGGUGAAACCCUGUCUCUGCUAAAAAUACAAAAAUUUGCUGGGCAUUGUGGCGCGCACCUGUAAUCCCAGCUACUUGGGAGGCUGAGGCAGGAAAAUUGUUUGAACCCAGGAGGUGGAGGUUGCAGUGAGCUGAGAUUGCGCCACUGCACUCGAGCCUGGGUGACAGAGCGAGACUGUCUCAAAAACAAACAAACAAACAAAAAAAAAAAUGAAAAAAGAAAAGAAUAUCGAGCAAAUCAAAAUGUCACCCACAUCAGGUUCCAGGAGUGUGUCGUUCCCUCCCUCAUCCUGUCGCCCUCCCAGCCUGGCACCUCCAGUUUACAGAGCCCCCCUUCCCCCUGGAGCCAGCCUGACCCCUGGGACAGUGCCGCUGCGGGGUGGGCAGGCAAGUGGUGAGUGGUCAGGGAUGUUUGUCCCAUUUGACAGAUGGGGACUCUGAGGCCCAGAGUGGCACAAGGACCUGCCAGAGACCCUGCAGCUGUGAGUGGAGGCUUACACCUUUCUCCUGCCCAGCCUGGGGCUCUGGACCCAGGAGAACACAUCAGGAUGCCCAGGGUGGCAAGAGGUGGCUCCCAUGCCUUGAGGCACUCGGCUGCUCCCUCCCCGCCAUGACAGCCUCACUGGGGCUUGCACUCCCCUCGGUGCCUUUGAGGGUUUGUCUGGCCCUGUCCUAGUCCUUUCACCUUGACUGCAAUGUUGAGAAAAUCUGUAUCCAGAGCUGGACGUGUCCUUUCUGGACGCUCCCACCCCUGUCUCUGAGGUGCGUGAGUGACAGAGGGAGGAACUCAUCCGAGGCCAGAGGGGAUGGUCUGCCGCUGGCUCCUGGUGCACCCUCCACUGCCCACGGCCUGGCCCCCAUUUAGGGUGUGUUCUCUUGGAAGCCUGUGGGAAUGUGUUCUUCAGCAGCCGACAAGCCAAGGGCCUGGGCCCAGCCUGGGGCAAGUGAGUCCCUCCUGGGCUCUGACCCUGUGGUCCAGCCCAUGUGCCCCUAACCAUGCCUGGAUGCUGUGAGUCUCUGGGCCACCAUGAAUAUCCCACCCUCAGCCUGGCGCCAUCCCCUCACCUUCCCCAAGUCCCAGAACACCCCUGAGUCCAUAGGCCCGGCAGCCUCUGCAAGGAGCCUGGUUAACUUAUGAUGUUAUAUAGCGUCGAAAUGUCUAUAGUGUCUUUAAAUUAUUGUGACCUACACUGGGUACUGGAGUGGGGGAUGGCUGCGGCCCCAUCCCCCAUCCCCCAUCCCAUCCCCCAUCCCUAUCCCCCAUCCCUAUUUCCCAUCCCUAUUCCCCAUCCCAUCCCCCAUCCCAUCCCCCAUCUCCCGAACCAGGCUCCUCCUUCUGCUUGAACAGACCCUCGGGGCCCCUGAUGCCACCGAGCCACUCGCACUGUCCCUUGGCUGCUGGGCACCCCACUGAGCCCCUGCCCACCCCGAAGUCUGUCAGCAACAGGCCCUUUGCCUGGGUGAGACGGGGUCAGGGUGGCCCAGAUGGGGGUGAUGGCGACCAAGGUGCUGCGUCCCACCCUUCUGACGGCAGCCUCCCCUGGAGGGGAGCGCUCAGCCCAAUAAAAGCUGGAAUCAGAAAAGUGA